AUGGAAAAAAUGCCCACUUAUGCUCGGUUCAUGAAGGAAUUGUUGACUAAGAAGAGAAAAAUUCUUGAAGAAGAGACUGUGGAGCUUGAGGCAGGAUGUAGUGCUAUUAUACAAAAGUCUCUACCUCAGAAGUCCAGAGAUCCAGGCAGUUUCACUCUCCCUGUAUCAAUUGGUAAUUUAUCAAUGAGUAAGGCACUCUUAGACCUUGGAGCUAGUAUCAAUUUGAUCCCUUUAUCAAUGCUAAAGAAGAUAGGGGAAGUGCAAGUAAGACCUACAAGAAUGACCUUGCAGUUGGCAGACAGAUCCAUCAAGCUUCCACAUGGUAUAGUGGAAGAUAUGAUAGUGAAGGUUGAUAAAUUCAUGUUUCCGGUUGAUUUCAUAGUCAUGGAUAUGGAAGAGGAUGUAGAAGUUCCUUUGAUAUUGGGUAGACCCUUUAUGAAGACAGCUCGAGUGAUCAUUGACAUGGAUGAAGGAAAGCUGAAGGUGAGGGUCCAAGAUGAGGAAGUGAGUUUCAAUGUAUUUGAAGCAAUGAAGUGUCCAAAAGGCAACAAAGAUUGCUUUAGAAUUGAUGUAUUAGAUGAUGUGUACUUGGAAGCUCAAAAUGAUUUCAAGAGCUCAUCCCCACUGGAGAAGGCUUUGCUUAUUUCUAAUGAAGAAUUGGAUAAGGUCAUAGAUGAAGAGGUUCAAGAUGUUAUUGAUGCACUAAAUAAAAGAGAAAACUCUUCUGCCAAUGUUCAGUCAAAAGAAGAAUUGAAGAAGGAGGAAAAAGAGCAAGUAGUGAAGUUGUAA